UUGGGUCACACCGUCGCUUGCGUCGCACAGUCGCUUGCGUCGCUUAGGUAUUAACUGCUGAGCGCCUUCGAAAGCGUCAGCUUUUUGUUUUGUCCGUGCUGACACUAUCCAAAUAACUCGCUGGCAGAAGGGCCGCCAUUGGUAUUUCAUCCUCUCCCGCCUUUUGUCUAGUUAACACCCACCCUCGCGACUCGCGCCGCUCGCUCGAUGCUGCUCCAGUCCAGAUUAAUAUCACGACGUCUCGCCGCGUGACGGUGACAUCGUUCCACGUGACGGAACGUCUCACGACGUCUCGUGCCGCUGGAACGCCUCGAAAAGUUUGUAUUGAGAUGUCCGAGGCAACAGCAUAGGUUCAUAGAUGUUCAAGAUGCGAACGCAUAGCUGCAUGACAACACCCGAGAGCAUUAUAGAGAUCGCGUAAGUCCUGAAAGGCAUGCGCGAGGGAAGCCAUGGGGAGCGAGGAGAACGACAACCUUGCUGCUGCAGCCAUAACGGGGAUGGCACUGGCGAGAGGAGAUAGGCGGAUAAGCCGUAAGCACUCUAAGCUCGAGUUGGCGCCGCGAUUAGACUCGGAGUGUAGUUUGAUAUUUGUCACGGAGCUCCAACGGAGGAUGACCAGCCACGUGGCGUCAGGAAACCACGUGGCUUUGAGAAAUCACGUGGCUCCUCCACGACGAGACGAGUCGGCGUGGACGGCUGUUCUGGAUGCACACGUUGACUGGAUACCGCAGGCACGAGGGGAAUCGGCGGAAAGCGGUUGGGCGGUAGGCGCAUGGGCGGAGGGCGCAUGGGCGGGGGACUCGCCCGCAUCAGCGGAGGCAGUUGGCGCGGAAGCCGCGGGGAGAGCGCCGGGGAGGGUGACGUGCGCGCAUGCGGAAAGAAGGGGCGGGAUGACGUGGCAGGAAGAGGAAGGGUGGCAUGAACCGUCAACGAGGGUAGACAGAAUUUUACCCCAUGAAAACGAUGGGCAUGUUCCACUUUUAGAACAGCAACGUCGCUGGCUGGAGCUGGAGGAUGACUCGGUAUUAGCACAUGAAAAAGGGAGUCAUUCGGCGUCUGCGUGUAGCUUACGAAGAUAUAACCGCUGUUGUAGUUACUGUAGAUCAGACUCGGUCGAGGGCAGAACGUGCGUGAGUAGAGGCGAGGGGGAAGAUUUGAACGGUUGUGGCAUUUCGAGGAGCAGCGGUUGUAGCAUCACGAGGAGCAGUGGUUGUAGCAGCGAUAGCUGCAGAUGCCGUUUUGGAAGCAGCAACCGUUGUACCUAUUAUGCCGGCAGUUACAGUUUUAGCGGAAGGUGUAGCAGAGGCGACAGCAUCUGUAGCAGCAACUGUAGCAGCAACUGUAGCAGCAGCUGUAGCGGGGUUCGCAGAAGCAGCCGACACAGCGCCAGCAGACGCAGUAGUAGCAGCAGUUGUGGCAGCAGUUGUAGCAGCAGUUGUGGCAGCAGUUGUGGCAGCAGUUGUGGCAGCAGUUGUAGCAGCAUUCACGGGAAAGGGCUUGAGACCAGCUCUAGGCACCCCUCUUGUAGCAGCAUCAGGAGCCGAGGGUUACAGGGUAACCCGGAGGGUAACCACCCGAAGGGCAGGAGCGUAGGUGUUAGAAGCAAGUCAGGGAGGAAAGUCCGAUCUCCGUGUAUCAGAGGCCCACUCUUUGUUAGAAUUCUCAACCUCCUCCCAUUCCUCCUCCUCAUUAUUCUGGGUUCCUUACCCGCUUCCCCUCUAACACACGCUGAGUCACGCACUCAGUCCCCCACUCAUUCCCCCACUCACUCCCUCACUCAUUCCCCCACUCACUCCCUCACUCACUCUCUCACUCACUCCCUUUCUCACUCUCACGGCACACAUCGCCCCCUUCGCCACCACCCGCCUCUAGGCCCCCUUAGAGUGCACAGACCAGAGUUUGCAGGAGGGGGGGUUGGAAGAGGGGCGAACGCAGCAAGAGCAGGAGCAGGAGUAGUAACAGCAGCAGCAGAAGCAGGGUUGGGAGCAGCAGGAGCAACAGGAUCAGGAGCAGCACCAAAAACAGGGGCAGCACCAGGAGCAAGAAGCGUUCACAUGCACUACUACCCUCCUUGGCUACAGCAUGUUUCGGAUUCUCCCCUCACCAGCACCAGCAGCAGCAGCAGCAGCAGCACCAGCAGCAGCAGCAGCAGCGCCACCACCACCAGCAGCACCAGCACCAGCACCAGCAGCAGCAGCAGCAGCAGCAGCAGAAGCAGAAGCAGCACCAGCACCAGCAGCAGCACCAGCACCAGUACCACCUCUGGUUCGCAACAGAAUCCCCAUGCCACGGAAUCAAGCUUCCAGUCUGUCUUACCAAACCAGCCUCCAGGCUCUGCAACCGCAUUAGGCUCGGUACCAGUAUCAGGCUCGGUACUAGGCUUGGCAUCACCGCACCUGCACCGGUAUCCAAGUUCAGUGUAUCUGGCCACACGCCCCUUCCACCCUCAUCUCAACCCCAUGGCAGCUGAGAAUACCUUCCAUCCGCGCCUUAACAGCAAAGGCGCUGAGACCACUAGCCAUCUUCAUCCCAGCGCAAUGGGGACUGGGAUUUCGAGCGCCAUUAGAACUGAGAGCACCUUCCCUUCCCCCUUGGACAGCAAAAGCGCUGAGGCUACCAACCGUCCCCAUCCCAGCACAAUGGGGACUGAGCUUUCCAGCAGUCAGGGCGCUGCCAGCAUAACCAGUCAACAGGAUCUAGAUAGCAGGAGGAAGGAGAUAGUGCGUUCGGGGGAGCUACUGAGGAAGGCUGGGACAGGGGAAGGUGGGGGAGGUGCAACAGGGGGAGGCUGGGGAGGUGCAACUGGUAGUGCCAGCAUUGGCAGUCAGCAGGAUAUAGAUAGCAGGAGGGAGGAGAUAGUGAGCCAGGGAGAGCUACUGAGGCAAGCGGGGACAGCAGGCGGCGAUUCAGCUGGAAAUGGCAGCGGCAAUAGCAAUAGCAGCAGCGGUGGCAGCAGCACUGGCGGCAGCAGCGGCAGUACUACUGAUGAAGAUACCUUAGAGGGUCAGGCGCUUAUACGGAAGACAAGAAUGGACAUCUACACCAAAAUGAUCGAGAAAGUAGCUGAGGAGCAGAUCAGCAACAGCACUGUGGGCACCACUGUCACUCUCCCCCACACCCCUGCCAUUAACUCCUCCGUUCAACUCACAAUCCUCCCGGUAGCAGUCGUCGUAGCCGAGGGACUGAAUUUCAACGAGUUUUCGCUCCCUCCGGGACUCUCCAUCCCGACGUCUCAGCCCCUCGUAGUCGUUUUUUAUUAUAAUUAUCCUAACUACAGUAACCCGUUUACGCCGCCGCCGAGGUACACUUACCCGUGCGAUCUCGUCGGGCUCGAGAUGUAUGCGUACUCGACGAGCGACGGGCUUAACAUCUCCGCUCCUCUGAACAUCCGGGUCCCGAGGAAAAGGAGAGCGGGCGGCGGAAUCAAAUCGGAUAAGAUCGAGAUUCAUUUGGUGUCGAGAGAUUCGUAUCUGCCGCCCUUUUCAAUGUGGGAGCGAUUCGCGUGCGUCCGGAUCGGUCCAAGAGGGUUACCCAUUACCCGAGGGGUAGUUACCCUGGAGCUGCCUCCGUCCCCGUCUGCGCCAGAGGGCACGAGGAAUUUCACCUGCCGGGCUUCCAGGAUAGGGGAAUUUACCCUUGCUAGACGGACUAAAACCUCCCCUCCACCACCCGAACCACCACCACUACCAUCCCCACCACCGGUGCUACCACCUCCCUCCCCUCAACCCCCCCCUCCAUCACCAAAACCCUCACCUAAACCCCCUCCAUCAUCACCUCCGCCUGUCACUCCUCCCCCUUCUCCUUCCCCCACACCUUCCCCUUCUCCUUCCCCUUCCCCACCCUCACUCCCCUCGCCUUCCCCUCCUAUCAACUCCCCUCCUCUCUCCCCUGGAUCUCCGUCUAUCAUCUUCCCUCCUGGUGGCUGGAGUGACCUCAUCACUCCCCCCUCGCUACUCCCCCCUGCUCCUCCUGUUCCCCCACCUUCUACACCUACACCCGAGAAGAUCGCUUUUGUUACGUGCCUAAGUGUGGCGAUCGCGCUACCGUUACUGCUGCUUGGUUACUGCUUGGUGGUGUUACUUUUGAGGAGGUACCGGCAACGGACCCAGUACAGGAAGGAAAGAGAGGAGGAGCGGAGAGCAAGGAUGGGCAUGCUGUGAUGGGAUAUGCGGUAUGUGCUGCUCACUUAGAUAUAAGAGUGCUCCUAAUGACUGAGGUUAAGCUAAUAACCUACGAGUUGCUAGCAUAAUCCUCUCCAUAUGCAUGCCUUCAUAUUAACUUAUGAUUUC